AUGACUGUUCAAGUAACUAAUAAAAAGCCAAUAAAAAAUAAUCAGUUGAGAAAUGAACUUUCCAAGGAAUUAAGUUUUCUAAAAAAUAUGUUUUCAGCAGUAACAAUACCGUCACAAAAGAAAGACGAUGAUGACAGCCAGAUGGAUAUCGAAAUAACUAAUAAUCAAAAAAGCCAAAAUGAAAAGGAACUUCCACAUAGAGCACGUAGUAUUGUGGAGUUAGAAGAAAAAUUAGAAAAAAUAAAAUCUCGGAAUAAAUUUAAUCUUAAAAGUAAAUUGGUAAAGAAAAGCUUAAGCAGUAAGCUAAACAAGAAAAUUAAGAAAAAAGAAAGGGUUAAGCUAAAUAAACAUAAAGUUAAAGCUACACUUGAUGCAUCCGAAAAUGACAACAAGGUUAAACCUAAUACAAAUGUAAAUAUGGCAAAACCAAUAUUUAACAAUGAGGGCAAAUUAGUAUUUUCUAAGUUUGAUUUUGCUAAGUUGGGUGACAAAGAUAGAGGAAUGAAAUCUAAAAAAGAUCCUAAAAAAAUAUUAGAUAAUCUUCAACAGCAAGAAGAGAAAUUCCAAAAAUUAGCAGAAACAGACAUCAAUAAAGCAAAGGAGUUAAAAGAAAAAAUUGCUUGGACGAAUAUUUUACAAAAAGCAGAAGGUGAAAAAGUUAAAGAUGAUCCAAAUCUAUUGAAAAAAUCUAUCAAGAAAAUGGAGCAAAAGAAGAAAGUCAGUAAAAAGAAAUGGGAAAAUAGAAUUCAAAGUGUUGAAAAUAAAAAAGAAGAGAGACAAAAGAAGAGGAAAGAAAACAUUUCUAAAAAGAAAAAAGAGAAAAAAUCAAAAAUUGUGAAAGCAGCUGUCAAGAGAGGAAGAGUUGUAAUC